AUGGCGCAGCUACCUGAAGACCGAAUCGAACCAGCCCCUCCUUUCACGUACUGUGGGAUUGACUGUUUUGGACCAUUUGUCGUCAAAGAUGGACGUCGAGAACUGAAAAGAUACGGACUACUUGUGACGUGCAUGGGUUCAAGAGCCAUUCACCUUGAAUUGUUAGACGACAUGUCUACAGAUGUGUUCAUAAAUGGCUUGCGGUGUCUUAUUGCCAUACGAGGACCAGUGAGAGUCAUCCGUUGUGACAGAGGAACAAAUUUUGUAGGAGCACACCAUGAACUUAAGAAAGCCAUGAAUGAGAUAGAUGAACCUCGUGUUAGGAAGUUUCUGGCCAUGAACUCGUGUGAUUUCCAGAUGAAUUCUCCUUACGCAAGUCACAUGGGCGGAACUUGGGAACGUCAGAUUCGUACAGUGAGAAGUGUUCUUGUAGCUCUGCUCGACCAACAUGGAUCCAGACUCGACACAUCGUCCUUGAGAACACUCCUGUAUGAAGUCAUGGCUAUCGUGAACAGCCGUCCCCUCACGGCUCAGAACUUGAACGAUGCUCAAGGACCAGAGCCGUUGACACCGAACAAUCUCAUCACGAUGAAAUCGAAGCUGAUCUUACCACCUCCCGGUGACUUCGUCACAGAGGUGUACGCUCGACAGCGUUGGCGUAAGGUACAAUUCCUGGCCAAUGAGUUCUGGUCCAGAUGGAGAAAGGAGUACCUAUCCAUCCUUCAGUGUAGACAAAAAUGGCGCAAAGAACAAAGAAACAUGAUGAUAGGCGACAUCGUGGUCCUGAAAGAGGACUCAGUUGUGAGAGGCCAGUGGCGAAUGGCCAGAGUAAUUGAAAGCAUUAUCGACAAAGACGGCCUGGUGAGACGUGUGAAAAUUCUCAUGUCUCUCUACGUGUGGAAAGCGUCUCUUGGAACCUACGACAUUGGAGCGACCUGUUCACAAACUUGUGCUGUUGCUCGAGAGAGAAGCUGUGUAACUUGA